UUUUCAGCUGCAAUUUUAUUAGUUGCAUUACUUAUUUUAAAGUGUUUGGUUAGUUGAGUUUAGUUUUCCAAAUUGAAAUAUUAUUAGUGGGUCUUACUUUAUGGAACACAUCGAAAUGAAAGUAGAAUUAAAUUGUUUGUGACAGUGAAUAUAUAUUAAUAUUUUUGAAAAAUAUUAAUAUUAAUAACAAUAAAAUUGUUCUGUGUGAAAUAAGUCAUUGUGAUAAUAAUUAUUAAGAAAGAUAUUUUAGUUUAUUUAAAUAAGUGAGCGCAUAAAAAACCUCGUCUUUCAUCGCAUAUCAACGCAUUCAACGGGACUUGUACAAAAUUUGUAUCUAUACCACUUCGUUUGUUGUAUUUGUUUCUAUUUCGCUUUACACAAGUGUAUUAAACGCGACGCUUUCAAUUGACUUUGUCUUUUUUCCGUGAGUCGUCGUACAGUUUGGUUGUGUCUGUCGAUCGAAGUAGAGGAAAGCGGUGGUAUUAAAGUAUUUCUAUCUGAGAACACAGAAAUUUUUCUAAGUUCCAUUUUGUAAGACUUGGAAAAAUUUAGAACAUUUCUUGCGAAAGUGAAGAAAGUAUAUUAAUCAAUUAUUUUGAUAAAGAAUUGCCUGCGUGGAAGUUUUAUAAAGUGAAAUAAUGAGCGUAGAUGUGGCUCUUCCUCCUUCAAAUGAGGAUAAACCACGAAAUGUUGAAAAUGGUGUGCAAUUAAACGGUAUGAGCAAUGGACAUCAUAGCAGUAAACACAAGUCUUCCAGCAAGGAUAAGCACCGCGAUAAGGAUCGUGAUAGAGAUCACAAAUCUUCUAAGGAACAUAAAAGCAGUAGUCGGGAUAAGGAAAAACAUAGCUCUUCUAGUAGUAAGGAUAAGCAUCGUGAUAAGGACCGUGAUGGCAAACAUAGCAGUUCAAGCAGUCGCGAUAAGGAACGCGAUAAAAGUAAAUCUAGUUCUGGCCAUCAUAAGAGUUCUUCGAAGGAUAAAGAUCGCAAAGAUAGAGACCGCGAUCGCGAUCGUGAUCGCAAAGAAAGUAAAAGCUCUAGUUCAUCAAGUAAAGAUAAAUCAAGUUCAUCCAACCAUAAAUCAAGUUCGUCCAGUUCACGUGAUAAAGAUAAGGAUCGCCAUCAUAAAAGUUCAUCAUCAUCUAAACAUAAACAUUCCAGUUCAAGCUCCUCCAGCUUAAAGAGCAAUUCAUCAAACAAUGAAAAACCUAUAUAUGAUGGUGAGUUUAUUAAGCCAGAGCCUUUAUCGCAAACAAGUUCAAACGGAUAUGAUUUUCCUAUGGAAGAUGUGAAGAAACAAGAGCCGUCGCCUACAGAAGGAUAUGAUUAUUAUGAUGGCAAUCAAAAGAAUGGUUAUGAAGAAAAACCUAAUAUAAAAACAGAAAUCAAUUUUAACAUUUCACAAGCUAGCUCUUGCGAUUAUUCAUUAUCACAAUUCAGGGACGAUGAGCCUUCAUUCGUUAUUAAAAAAGAAGCAAGCUACGAUGAUGACAUUAUGAUGAAAGAAGAGGAAGAGGACGAAGAUGAUGACGUACCCUUAGCCAUGCGUAAAAGUGUUUCUACUAUAAAUGGUAUUGAAGAUGAUGAUGAUGAUGAAGAUAUACCACUAGCAAAGAGAAAAGCUGCGCCAGCUGAAUCAGAUGAUGAUGACAUACCUUUAUUAGCACGUAAGAAGAUAAAAAAAGAGCCUAAACAAGCAAAGACCAAGAAACGUCAGACUGAAGUUGAACAACCUAAACAGAAAAAAGCUAAAAAGGCUUCAGCGACUGAAAUCAAACAAGAAGUUGCUUCUCCUGUUAAACGUGGUAAAAAAGUAAAAGUCGAAGAAGAGGAAGAAGUGUGGAGAUGGUGGGAAGAAGAGAAGCGUGCUGAUGGUGUAAAAUGGAAUACAUUGGAACAUAAAGGACCUGUAUUUGCGCCAUUAUAUGAGCGUGUGCCUAAGAAUGUCCGUUUCUUUUAUAAUGGUAAACCUAUGGAAUUGUCGGAAGAAACUGAAGAAGCAGCUACAUUUUAUGCAAAAAUGUUAAAUCACGAUUAUUGUACUAAGGAUGUGUUCAAUCAAAAUUUCUUCAAAGAUUUUCGUAAAAGUAUGACGUCACACGAAAAAGAUAUCAUUAAGGAUUUUAACAAAUGUAACUUUGAAGAAAUGCACAAAUAUUUUGCUGCUGAGUCUGAAAAACGCAAAAAUGCAACCAAAGAAGAGAAACUUGCUAAAAAAUUGGAAAAUGAGGCAAUUAUAAAGGAAUAUGGUAUUUGUAUUAUAGAUGGUCAUAAAGAAAAAAUUGGCAAUUUUCGUUUGGAACCCCCUGGUCUGUUUCGUGGACGUGGAGAACAUCCAAAAAUGGGAAUGAUCAAGCGGCGCAUAAGAGCAGAAGACGUAUCUAUAAAUUGUGGUAGAGAAUCUAAGGUACCAGCCCCACCAAAAGGUCAUCGUUGGAAAGAAGUCCGCAAUGAUAAUACCGUUACAUGGCUUGCUUCCUGGAUAGAGAAUGUGCAAGGUCAGGUAAAGUACAUUAUGUUAAAUCCCUCAUCUAAGCUGAAGGGUGAAAAGGAUCAUGUGAAGUACGAAACAGCACGGCGACUAGCACAAUCAAUUGAUAAAAUACGUAGCACAUAUCGCGAUGAAUGGAAAUCAAAAGAAAUGCGUGUACGUCAACGUGCUGUCGCAUUAUACUUUAUCGAUAAACUUGCUUUGAGAGCAGGUAAUGAAAAGGAUGAAGACCAAGCCGAUACAGUGGGUUGUUGUUCUUUGCGCGUUGAACACGUACAGUUGCAUAAGGAGUUGAAUGGGAAGGAAAAUGUCGUAGUAUUCGAUUUCCUGGGUAAAGAUUCAAUUCGUUACUACAAUGAAGUAGAAGUAGAGAAACGUGUCUUUAAAAAUUUGGAACUGUUUAUGGAAAAUAAAAAAAAAGGAGAUGAUUUAUUUGAUCGCUUAAACACACAAGUUCUUAAUGAGCAUCUUAAGGAGUUAAUGGAUGGUCUCACUGCCAAAGUUUUUCGUACGUACAACGCCUCCAUUACCCUUCAGAAUCAACUUGAUCUUUUAACAGACCCUGACGCAACUGUGCCAGAAAAACUACUAGCUUAUAAUCGCGCAAAUCGUGCUGUUGCUAUACUUUGUAACCAUCAACGUUCAGUACCUAAAAGUCAUGAAAAAUCAAUGGAAAACUUAAAAGAUAAAAUACGUGUCAAACGUGAAGCUCUAGAUGACUGUGAAGCUGAAUAUAAUGAUCUUAAAAAAGCGGCAAAACGUGGUUCAGUUAAAGAAAAGGUGAUGGCAGAUAAAAAAGGAAAACAGUUGGAACGCCUUAAAGAACAACUGAAGAAAUUAGAAUUACAAGAGACUGAUAGAGAUGAAAACAAAACUAUUGCUUUAGGCACAUCUAAACUUAAUUAUCUCGACCCUCGUAUUUCAGUAGCAUGGUGCAAGAAGCACGGUGUACCCAUUGAGAAGAUUUUUAAUAAGACACAACGCAAUAAAUUUAUGUGGGCUAUACAUAUGGCCGAUGAAAACUACCGUUUUUAAAGAAAGUAAGGAAAACAUCAAUACAACCCCUAAAAUCCCACCACACUAUUUCGACGGCAACAUAAGUCCUUUACACAGGCGUACACACACAACUUAUAGGAUUAUGUGUAUACCAUAAUAACACAAUACUAGUAGAUAAUAUUAAAAAGCGAAGAUUAUUUAAUUUCUGUGUGAAAGGAACCAAAAACACUCUAUAGAUCAAUUUUUUUAUAUAAUUAUUUU